ACCACCACAACCAGCAGCUCUGUUAGUGUGUCUCGUUCCAGCAGACUAAAGGCGUCCUCCGCUGCGGUGUGCGUGCCCGGAUCUGCGCACCCCUCCAUGGGAUAUAAAAUCGAAUUGGACCCGCCUGUGAGAUCCCGACGGUUUCCGGAUUGGUUCGCGGAUCCGGACACUUCUUCGCCGAGCUAUAGGGCACGUCAAGCCGGGUGUGUACAGCCCGAGUCUCCGGUGUGUGUGUGACAGCUCGAUGUGGAAAAAAAGCUUUCCUGAAUGGGAGUUUUUUGGGUUUUUUGUACAGCUGGAUGAGGGGCACGACAAAGGAGGAUUUGUGGGUGAUGGUCUCUGGGAUGCGAGCUCACGCCCAUGACAUGUCGAUGGAUGUUGCUGUGCUCACUUGGCAGUAAAUAUCAUUAUUAUGAUGCAGCCCUUUGGAUGUGGGCUAACUUACAGCUAUUUAUAUUGGAAUAUUAUCAACGUUUAAUAUUAUGCCUCUGGAGGGAAAAAAAAGAAAUUUGUCCUCUGCAUGUCUUCUUACUCCAUUGAUGGAGAACAGCAAAAAGCCCUCCCAGUCCAGUGGCUUGAAUGAACUGCAUUGAAAAUGAGCCGACCCUUGAACGAUGAAGGCUAUGGAGUGGGGUCGUUUGAACAGAGUGAGCGCGCAGGAUCUCGCCGGGGAUCGGACUGUCGGCAUGUAGGGUAAGAACACCCAUCCAUCCAUCCAUCUAGUGAAGAAGGUUGUUUCCCACUUUAGAGAGAGCCUAUAUUCGAAGAGAUGGCUGACAGAGGAGAAGCGAUCAUGAAGACCCCUGCUCUGAGGAUUUUUAUCAGUCGUUCAACCAUAUUUCCCCCAGCAGAUCUUAAUCUAACGUCUAUCGCCCUUUGAGUUUGUGACGCUUCAUGGGAAAAUCAUCCGGGCUACAGUUUUGCAAGGACAGCAGGAUCCCUUAUUGUGUUUUUGGAAAACCUACCACUUAGUUACCGGCUAAUGUUUGAUGAGUUGUGAUAUGAAUUAUGCCUUACAAAACAAGAAACCUGCUCUUUUGAUACAAACCCAUACCGUAUUAACAAAAAGAUGUGGUGAUGGGGGCGGUGCAACACCAGCUCUUUAGUGCCCAAUUCCCCUUCCUGGUGGCCGAGGACACCUUGCCUCAAUCCAUGGGCCCCGUGUGUAUAUGAAGGCUGAGUUGACAGAGGGCUGGCUCCCAGGGUCCGACAUGAACCCGUACGGCAGAGUGAGCAACCCGGCGGGCCCCCUGUCCUGCAGCAGCUGCGGGGGCUGCUGCUCCCCGCCACCCCCUUGCCUCAUUUCUUCCACUGCGUCCUCCACGUCGCCGCCCCCCAUCAUGCAGGUGGAGAAUGGCAGCAGCUGGAACUCAUCGGGCUCCCCGGACACCCAACCUGGUCACUUGUGCGCGGGGCCCAACCCCUACUGGACCGCCGUGUUUGAUUACGAGGCCACAGCAGACGAGGAGUUAACCCUGCACCGCGGGGACCUUCUGGAGGUUCUAUCGAAAGACUCGAAAGUUUCUGGGGAUGAGGGUUGGUGGACAGGCAAGAUCCAGGACAAGGUGGGUAUCUUUCCCAGCAACUAUGUGACAAAAGGGGACGCUCCCAAUUACCAACAGCUUACCGUAGACGGACUGGUGGCCGGUGGGGUGGGUGUGGGUGAAUGCCCGCUGGAGAUAGACUUCUCCGAACUGCGGCUGGAGGAGGUUAUAGGAGCUGGUGGAUUUGGGAAGGUGUACAAAGGACACUGGCAGGAUGAGGAAGUUGCGGUCAAGGCUGCAAGGCAAGACCCCGAUGAGGAUAUCAGCGUGACGGCAGAGAGCGUACGCCAGGAGGCCAGACUCUUCUGGAUUCUCCGGCACCCUAACAUCAUCGCGCUGCGUGGGGUCUGCUUACGGGAACCCAACCUGUGCUUGGUAAUGGAGUACGCCAGGGGGGGGGCCCUGAAUCGCGCCUUGGCUGGAAAGAAGGUGUCCCCGAGGGUUCUGGUGAACUGGGCUGUCCAGAUUGCCACAGGGAUGGACUACCUGCACAACCAGGCCUUUGUUCCUAUCAUCCACAGAGAUCUCAAGUCCAGCAAUAUCCUCAUUCUGGAACCGAUGGAGCGGGACGAGCUGAGCAGGAAGACCCUAAAGAUCACCGAUUUCGGCCUGGCGCGAGAGUGGCACCAGACCACCAAGAUGAGUGCGGCGGGCACGUACGCUUGGAUGGCGCCGGAGGUCAUCAAGCUGUCGCUCUUCUCCAAGAGCAGCGACGUGUGGAGUUUUGGCGUGCUACUGUGGGAGCUGCUCACCGGCGAGGUUCCUUACCGAGAAAUAGACUCACUGGCGGUGGCGUACGGAGUGGCCAUGAAUAAGCUGACACUUCCUAUACCUUCAACGUGCCCUGAACCUUUCGCUCAGCUUCUUGCAGAGUGCUGGAGUCCUAACCCCCACAGCAGGCCGUCCUUCACCAGCAUCCACAGGCGACUGUUGGCCAUCGAGCAGUCGGCCAUGUUCCAGAUGCCCCUGGAGUCCUUCCACUCCUUACAGGAGGACUGGAGACUGGAGAUCCAGCAGAUGUUUGAUGAGCUUCGGGCCAAAGAGAAGGAGCUGAGGUCCUGGGAGGAGGCCUUGGCCCGAGCAGCCGAGGAGCAGAGGGAGCAGGAGGAGCAGCUGAGGAGGAGAGAACAGGAGCUGGCCGAGCGCGAGAUCGACAUCGUGGAGCGAGAGCUGAACAUCAUCAUCCACCAGAUGUACCAGGAGAAGCCCAGCGUAAAGAAGAGGAAGGGUCACUUCAAGAAGAACAGGCUGCUCAAGCUGUCUAGAGAUGGCAUCAGUCUACCCUCUGGUUUUGAGCAUAAGAUCACGGUGCAGGCGUCCCCCAGUGUGGACAAGAGGAAGAUGCAAGGGAGCGAGAGCACCACGCCGCCCGCCAGCCCGGGGGUCAUACCUCGUUUGAGAGCAAUACGACUGACCCCCAGCGACGGCAGCAAGACCUGGGGUCGCAGUGCCGUGUGCAAGAAGGAAGACAUAGCCGCCGGCAAGAAGAAAGGACGCACGUGGGGUCCCAGCUCCACCCACCAGAGGGAGAGGGUGGGCGGCGAGGAAAAACUGAAGUCACUCAGCGAGGGCAGCAAGGUUUGGUCGUCCAGCGCACCAAACCUUGGAAAGUCUCCCAAGCACGCUCCUAUGACAGUCGGCUUCUCCAGCCUCAGUGAAAUGGAGGAGAGCUGUGAGUUCCAGGAGUCCCCAGGUUCCCUGCAGCCCUCCGAGACCAGCAGUAACGGGGCCGCUGAGGACUCGGGGUCCCUGUGGAGCGCCUUGGGGUCCGGAGCGGCUUCCGCUACUGUGGGGUCAUCGAGUGCCAGCUCCACGCAAGGUUCUACAGGUGCUGGAGCCGCCAGCAACCACCAGGACUCGCUGAGACGCUGCAGCCAGAGGAAGAAGAGUGACUUGUUGUUGCUGGGCUGUGCUUCGCUGCUGGCCUCAGUGGGUCUGGGACAAGACCUGCUGCAGCUGGGAAAACUGCAGGUGCUCCAAGACGAGCAGGACCUCAGAGAGGAGCAGAGGAAGAAGAAAGAAAGUCUUUUCCAGCGAACGGGACGUUUCUGUCGCAGCACGUCUCCCCCCAGCAGGAACCUCUCCUUGUCCUUUUCACGACAUCCCGACUCAGGCCUGGCCUUCUUGGACCCUUCGCCCUCAGUGACGCUCCUCUCCUUGUCCUCGCUCUCUGACUGCAACUCCACCAAGUCUCUCCUCCACUCCGACUUGGACGACUUCGCCCUGACCCCGGCGCCGGCGGCCCCCUGCCUGAACCCGCUGUUGGACUUACGGACAGAGAGUUUCAAGAAGGAGCCCAACCAGUCGCUCACGCCCACACACGUCUCUGCCGCCAUGGCGGUGAAAAGGGGCCACCGACGCACGCCGUCUGACGGCGCCAUACGACCCAGAGCGCAAACUCUGGUCCACCGCAGGACGCCAUCUGACGGCAGCAUGCCCAUGCCGCCCCCACCCGGGGCAGCCAGCAUUAGGACUAAUAAAGGUGUGCUGGACACCCUGGACGUCCCUGGACUCCCAGAGCCUUCUGCCCUCUUCCCGGCCCCCCAGCGCCGAAAGGCCCCCGCACCGCCCGUCCCCGACCCGGCCCCUCUGUGCCUCAUCAGCCCCCUGGAGAGACCCAAGACGCUGGAGUUCGUGGCCCGACCCCGGCCCACUCCGACCCGCAUGAGAGCCGACCCGUGGAAGCUGGGCUCUCUCUCCAGGACCUUGAGCUCGUCGCCGGGGAGCAGCUGCGACAGCCCCCCGGGGUCGGCGGACAGCGGCGCCAACUCCACGCGACCCAAUCUGAUGGACAUGGACGUGGAGGGACAGAAUCUGGACCACACGGUUCCUCUGUGUGGGAAGCGGCCGCCCGCCGCCCUCUGUGGACAACACUACACGUAAUAAGGAGACCACUUAGCCACUUUUUCAUGUCGUUUCCACACUGACUGGAAACCAUCUUGCGUGCCCUUCUGAGCGUCCUUUAAGGUGUGGAGCCUUAAAAGCCAGCAUCAUGGUCAGGGCACCACUCACAGCCUUGCAGUUUGCUCACUGGCCAACUUCUUCCUCACCUCAUCUCUCCUGCAAACGUCAUUCAAGAAUGCUCUUUGACUUCCUUCUGCCAUCUUUCCUUCUUUCUGCUGGCUGACUAAUUCACCACAGCACUCUUUGGACAUCUCCCUAAGUCUCCACUUUCAUCUGCAAAACUCUUUCUGGCAACCACGAUAGACGUUUGAGUCACCAAAAAUAGGAAUGAUAUCACAAUUUAUUUUUUUCUAUUGUUUGGACAAAGCCAUUCCUAUCCUAACUCAUUCAGUCUUUCAUUAGCAAACUUUUUUUCUUUCUUACAAAUGACUCACACUUAAUUACAACUAUUAUGAAAAUACUCCUAAUGUUAUGAGGAAAAUGUGGUGAAUUUUCUUCGAAUACAUUUGUACAAAAAACAAAAUGAAGUUGUCACGUUCUGUACAAACUCCAUUUCCAUAUGAGUUGGGAAAUUGUGUUAGAUGUAAAU